AACAUCCCUUGAGGCGCCAUGGACAAUAUACUCAUGAUAUAGACGAUCUUUCAGUGUUUCUUAGGAAGAAAGAAUCAUGGAUUAGGACAGUGUGUCAUCAUUCGAUGCUAGUGAAAUUAUUAUGUGAAUGAAAAUUAUGAUCUAAUUGAUGGAGUUGCCAGUGAAAUUGAACAAUAUAUUGCCAAGUAUUUUUUAUAUCAAAUUUACAAUCUGCAAAGUGUCUACCCGCUUUGAUUUUCCAUACUUCGAACUGCAACCUACCAUUUUUUAAUUGCUGAAACGAACAAUUAUGCUGACAAAGUAUGAAAGACCACUUAAUCAAGUGUUGCUAAAGCAAUUAAACUAACUUCCGUAACUAAUUAACACAGGACUGAAUCCAAGUGUGCAAUACACCAGUGGCUUACUGUAUGGGAUUACCUGGCUUACCAACUUAGCUCUGCCUAAUUAGCCUUCUCUUCAUGGGAUGUGAGAAGGCUGAUCUCAGCUCUGCAGUUGCUCACUUUGGGAUUACCAACUACAGUGAACCAGGCCAUUAGUGUAACUCUGAAACUGUGCAUUGAUUGAAAUCUGUAUUGAUAACAGAGUUUGCCCACUUUGCUUCAUUGGAAAACAUAUUUUGUGUUUUACGUGUGAAUUGGCAGAAAUAAUGCUCAAUUAAUAUUCAAGAAGAAGUGAAUAUUACUGGACUUCUGGAGAUUUUAUGUGGGAUGUGACUUGUUCUGUGACAUUUACACAGCAAUUAUCAGAUAUACAGAUAUACAUAAGGAUGCUCGGGAUGGAGACAUAGCAAGUUGCACCUGCAGACGACAGAAGAUGUUGGUGUGUCUGUGGACUCACAGCUCCAUCUGCCUCAUCACAAGGCAAUAUUUAGUGUAUGGACGAUGAAACUAGAAGUAAUGAUCUUAAGGGCAAGCAUAUGAGGUGCUUAUGUGUUUGCAUUAAGACGGAAGGAAUCUGGGGCAGUUAUUCUCCAUAUUUUCGGGCAUGAAGAAGAAGAAGGCAUGAAAGAGUGAAUCGGUUGUUGAAAGGUGUCAGUUUAUCAACUUCAGCUUUCAUCUUCUGUGUGAUCUGACAUUAGGGACACAGAUGGAGGCACCUUCUCCAUGAAGAUGCCAGCUUCUGAAACAGCUCUGGAGUGACUGGAUGUCACAUUGUUGAGUAUGAUGUACCUAUCUAUUCUCAAGAAGAAUAGAAUGAUGUUGGAAACCUAGCCAUACAAUCCUCCUGAUGUCUUGAUGUGCCUAAGUUUUUUAUAAGAUUGAGGGACAGUUGAGUGAGAAAAUGAAAAAAGUGGCAACCAUUCAUGAAGACACGGAGACUGACUCAUGCACCGAUGGCAGCUCCUCUGGCGAGUACAUCAUUGUACGGAAGUUGGAGGAGGCUGCACGACUGGCAGAGCAAAAGAGGAAAAAACUUGCUGCAGAAGAACCAGUAUGGCGGGGAGAACGUCCGCAGACAGAUGGAGGAAGAACUGGAUCGCCGAGUUCGGGAUGCCCUGGAGACUCCCCCUCUGGAACGCAUCAAGCAACGGAAAGAAGAGGCACGGAAACGCCAGCAUAAAGAACUGGAAAAAAUAAAUUCCCAUAUACUGCUUGAUAUAUCAAAAGACAGAGAUUUUUUCAAAUCAAAACAAUGGCGAGCACUACAGGCUCGACAAAAUAAUCGGAAUAUGACGCAACAUAAUAAUCGGAUAGAGUUUGUGUUUCGUGAUGAACUCUCGCGAUCCAACCAGGAUGAGUUCCCUGGAGUGUUUGGUUUGGAGAGUUUUUCUGAAGGGAUUAAAAAUAUUAGAGAAGAGUUUUCCAAUUCUGUUGAGAGAUUUCCUCCUUUAAAGCCAAAGAUACGACAUUUUUACACAAAACAGGGUUUCCUUCAAGCAAUGAAGUCUGGCCACUUGCCGGAUGGGUUUACAUUUCUGGAUGACAAUGGAACAUACAGAGACAAAUAUGGUGUUAUACGAAACCAAGAUGGCCCCUUCUGGCCUUUGGAUUGCCUGCCACUCUAUGCAACACCUAGAUUUAAGUACUUUGACAUAAAGGCAGAACCACUUUCCUACCAGUUGCCAGCGGUCUCCAGAACAGCAGAAAACCAGGACACGCCCUUCCAUGGGCGGUGGCGCGGAGUGCUGAUUGUGUACGACUCUGAACGCAGCCCACGAGAACACCAUGCACAGCCUGUUCCGGAGGGAUGCUGUCCAAACCUCCUGUUUGAGUCUCGCUUUGAGAGCGGCAAUCUACGCCAAGCCAGGAGAGUAGGUCAGUAUGAAUAUGAACUGGUGCUAAAGACGGACCUGUACACAAACCGCCAUACACAGUGGUACUACUUCCGGGUCAAGAAUGCUGUACCAGGGGUCACGUACAAGUUCCGCAUCGUCAACCUACUCAAGAGGGACAGUCUGUAUAAUUAUGGUAUGCGGCCACUGGGAUACUCAGAACAAAAUGCUCGAGAUAGGAAGACUGGCUGGUACCGUACAGGCCACCACAUCAGCUACAGUCGCAAUAUGACCUACCUUCACUGCCCGCUGCUACAGCGCAGCAUAGCUUACUACUACCUGGAGUGGCAGAUGGAGUUCCCUCAUGCUGAAGACACAUACUACCUGGCCCACUGCUACCCCUACACAUUCACGGACCUGAAGGAGGACCUGGACACCCUACUGCAGGACCCGGAGCGUGAGCAGUUCAUGAGGCGGGAGGUGCUGUGUGAGACUCGGGCCGGCAACAGCUGCUUCCUCAUCACAGUCACUAACUUUGAGCAUGCAACACCAGGAGUGAGGAAGAAGGCAGUUGUGGUGUCUGCCCGUGUCCACCCAGGGGAGUCCCAGGCCAGCUGGAUGAUGAAGGGACUUCUAGACUUUGUCACGAGCUCCCACCCGGUAGCUGAGAAACUUCGCAAUAGUGUUAUCUUCAAAAUAGUGCCAAUGUUAAAUCCUGAUGGUGUGAUUGUGGGGAAUUACCGCUGCUCUCUCGCCGACCGAGACCUCAACAGGAACUACCGCCACCCGCGGUGCGAGAGUUUCCCAACCAUCUGGUAUGUCAAGAGCAUGGUGGACAUGUUGGUGCAGAGGCAUGAGGUGCUUUUAUAUUGUGACCUUCACGGCCACAGUCGCAAACACAAUGUGUUCAUGUAUGGCAAUAACACAUCCACUGAAGAAGAUGUGUCCCAGUUUGGUGCUGCAAGGACCUUUAUCAAUGAACGGCUCUUCCCGUGGCUGAUGUCUCAAAAGUCCCCUGACAAAUUCAGCUACCCAUCAUGCAAGUUUCAUAUAAGGAAGUGCAAGGAGUCGACAGGUCGCGUGGUGAUGUGGAGGCAGAUGAAGAUCCACAACAGCUUCACCCUGGAGGCCACAUUCAGCGGAACCAUUCUCGACAGUGGGCGGAGUCGGCACUUCAACAUCAGUGACUUCAUGGACAUGGGGAAGACCCUGGGUCAGGUGGUGCUGGACUACAUGGAGCUGCAGCAGAACAAGGCCCGCCAGACGGAGGUUGUCCUUGACCUUACAAGAGUGAUUACUCAGGAUAUUCUGGUGAGUCGAGGGCUCCUCCCACAGGACACCAAGAUCCCCAGCUUCACGGACAUGGCCAUGUUGAGGCAAGAUUCCAAUUUGUCUGAGAUGGAGGCAGAGAUGAUCCAGGAGGAUGCAGAGAAGUGGACUGGCGUCAUUCUGUCCCUCGUGGCCAAGGAUCGGGAAAAGUCUUCAGUGGAGGACAAGCAGGAGAAGGGGAAGAAGGAGGACAAAAAGGAGCAGAAGGGAGUGAAACCUGAGACCGGGAAGGAACCAGCAAUAACAAGGAAGGAGAUCGAUCAGCUCAUUGAUAACAUGUCACUCAAAACAAUGGACGGUUGUCUGAACAUUCUCACAGAGCUCAGUGUUCGAGAUGCUAUCACAGAAUCAGAUUCCAGUGAUAGUGACAGUGAAUCAGAACCAGAGAUGAAAGAAUCUAAAACUCGGAAGAAGAAGCGGAAAUCUCGAAAACAGCGGGAUCGUGACAAGAAAACACCAACCCCAGCUGAAAAGAAAGAGGACUCCCGAAUGAAGGUUUUAUCUGCAUCUCUGCCGGCCCUUGUAUGUGUCCCAGAGUCACAUCAUGGCUCCCACCACCAGCUGCCGGCAGGGUCUCUACCUUCCCAGUCACACAGCUCACCUCUGUACAGAGCCAGACAGGCCAACGCUGCCCUGGACAAGUACAUGAGGAUGGCCACUCGCCCCCACUACAUCAGCAAGUAUGAGGGGCGCAGUAAUGGGGGAGUGCCUUGCUUCACAGAAGAGAGGAGCAUCGAGAGGCAGGCUAAGAGAAUGGCAGAAAUCAAGAAGAAAACGGAAGAAGACAGACAGAAAGAUCUCAGUUUCUUUUUUGUAGAUGGUAGAAAUGCACAAGGGCAGCCUCCGCUUACCUCCCCUGAUGAUAUCCAUCAUCGCCUGCAGGUGGCGCUCAAUGAGGGAACCUCCAACAUCUCACAGGCUCUUGUUGGCUUCAACAUACGAACAGGGUAUACUCAUGCUGACAACUUCCGGGAUCUAUGUCCAGGUGUACACAGUGCAAAUGGCUUCAUCCUUCCGUCCACCUCACUGACCAAUGGCCUCUCAAAUGGUCAUCUGGUUAAUGGACCCAAGGACCUCAGCUCCUCCGAUGACAGUGACUCUGAAGCAGGCGAUGUUGCGACUCCCAUUCGUACCUUCCCUGUGUCAUCACGCCGCAACCCCUACCAGCUUGACCAUGUAUCUAACCCCCUCACAUUCCCACUCCCUCCACCUGUGUUCAGAAAGCCUGUCAGGACGGGUCCAGUGUUAAAGACAGUGAAUCGGCACAUGGUAACCUCCACACCUCCACUGAUCGCUUCUGGAAUUAUACCACCAAGACGGUCAUCCGUAACAUCAGAACUGACCAACCAGAAAUUAGAUGACCGGACACGCAUCACUCGCUCUUCUGGACCAUUGAUGAGAAGUCUGCGACCUAAUGGUGUCCAUCAAGGCUUCAACUGAAGGUCACUGUCAUUGUGAUGGUCAAGGUCUUCUCAAGGGCAAACAAUAAACCUCAGGAAAAUGUGCUCAUGAGAAUAUAUAAAGAGGAAGAAUUUGACUGUGGGAAUAAGUCGCUGAAAGUGUCAGGCACACAAAUUGAAUUUAAAACAGAGUGACAACAACAUAUAUGAUGGUUCUCCAACUGAUUGGCUGGUGUAAGUUGAAGAUGUUCCAUCAACAUCAACAGAGCCAUGACCUCUUUUACCUGCAGAAGUUCUGCAACAAUUUUCAUCUGUGCCCAGAGUCUCCCUAGCCACAAUCAAGGAUAUGACAAACAUCUUGACGGAUGCAAUAUGGAGAAUGAAUUAAGGAUGAGUCAUAAAACAAUAUACUGCCUGCACAAGAAACAUUUCACCGUCCAUGAUGAAUGGUUGAUAUUCAAACUGAUUAUUCAGUAGUGUGGACCGUGAACACCUAGGAAAGUACAGAGCGGAGUCCAGUCUGCUAUCAUCAUCCUUCUCCUUAUGAUCUGUGUUUCCUAUCUAUAUGCUGCUGUCAUACUUGCAUGCCUGUUGGAAGAAAUGAUCCAUAUUUUUGUAAGAGACUACUGCUUGUUAUGAAUCCAACAGACUGCAUAGAACAUUGUGUUAGUCAGUGUUUAUGUUGACCAGAAUCUUGAGAAUAUCAAAGAACCAAUGUUGAUAAAGCCCUCGGACAUCAUGACUGUAUUCACCUCUGCCUUAUUAAUACGGUCAAGGUCAUAUUCAAAAUGAGGCAGGGUUGAACCACAUGUAAAGGACUAGUGUAUUAGAGAGUAUGUCUGCACAUUCUAUUGUCUUGUAAAGUACUGUGCUUCCUGAUGCAUUUGAGGGUAAUGUACUUGAAAUAAGUAUCAGGGAUAAUAUUCCAACUAGUCAAGAAGACAGAAACAUGGAGGAUAUCACCAGUAACAACAGCCAAUCAUGUCCUCAGACUGAGUCUGUUGCUAUGACUACACAGGUCUGGGAUGUGUUUAUCCUGAGUAUGGACAUUGUAAAAAGGUUUAUAAAAGAAAGUGGAGAGGAUUGGAGACGUUUUCUUUUAUGUUCUUAUUUUCAAAAUACUGUCAAAUGCCUUGUAUGGCAGUACCUUUUUACAAUGCUUUGAUCAAUGCUGAAUGUAAAUAUAAUUGUAUAAAUAUAUGAAACAUUA